AUGGCAUCCGGAGGAGGCAUGAAGGGUUUCUACCGGCAGAAGAAGAAGACCACCGUCGGUGGCGGCGUCGCCAAGCCCUCUGCCGGCGCCUUCAAGAAGAAAGCAACUGGUGCGAGCCUCAAGGGCUCAUCCAUCUCGCCUGUGGAAGGGGACAUCGCCCCCCCGUCUGCUCUUGUCUCCCACGAUUCCUUUGACCUUGGUGGUAAAGCCCUUACCUACCUCGCAGCAGAGUGCGAUUCAUCUUCGGACCCAAUCCUCACGUUCAAUUACUCCACCCGUUUCGGCUUUCCGGCCUCAGUACAGAUCAGUGUAUCCCCCGAUCAUUGGAUCAAGUUUGAUUCUCUGGACGAGUUCUGACAUCCUUGUUUUCUCCAAUUUCCCUGCCGUUUUUUCGAUCGUGGUGGAAACGGUAACGGGUGUGAUUUUAGGUUAAUGGUGUUCUUGCCUUUUAUUUUAUGGCAAUCAGAAUGGCUGGAACACAGUGCGGAGGAGGAGGCGCUGCGGCAGUUCGACAUGGACAUGAGGUUCGGACCCUGUCUGGGGAUUACCCGCCAGGAGCGCUGGGAGAGGGCCGCUCGCCUCGGCCUCAACCCUCCGGUGGAGCUGGCGGGCCUCCUUCGAGGCGGUGCCUCGGUGAAGCCAGACUGUCUGUGGGAGGGCCGUAUCUAA